UUACAUGGCUCACUCACCUCCGAGAUACUCUAUAUAUACCUUUGUGAGAGGUGGAUCAUGAUAGUUCUAUUUUAGCUCGCUAUUAGCUUGCUUGCCUCAAAGUUUUUAUUCAUUUUGCUACAAGGUGAGACAGAGACACGCUAAGCGAACUUCUUCUGUUCGUCCCUGGUCAGCCUGAAUAUAAGGCUUAGCUAACUAUUUAAGUGAGUUAAUAUAAUUUCCUCUACUAGCAUCACCUGACUACAGUUUGAAUCAUGUCGGGAGAGGUCCGUUUGAAGAAACUGGAAAAGAUGAUCCUUGACGGCCCAGCUCAGUCAAAUGACCAAUGCCUUAGCGUGGAAACGCUAUUGGAUAUCCUUAUCUGCCUUUAUGACGAGUGCAACAACUCACCCCUCAGAAGGGAGAAAAACAUCUUGGAGUUUCUGGAUUGGGCCAAACCCUUCACCUCCAUGGUCAAACAGAUGCGCCUACACAAGGAGGACUUUGAGAUCCUCAAGGUGAUUGGACGAGGAGCCUUUGGAGAGGUUGCUGUGGUUAAGGUGAAGAAUGCAGACAAGGUGUUUGCCAUGAAGAUCCUCAAUAAGUGGGAGAUGCUGAAGAGAGCUGAGACGGCGUGUUUCCGGGAGGAGCGCGACGUGCUGGUGAACGGGGACAGCCAGUGGAUCACCACCCUGCACUACGCCUUCCAGGACGACAACUUCCUGUACCUGGUGAUGGAUUAUUAUGUGGGUGGGGACCUUCUCACCCUGCUUAGUAAGUUUGAAGACAGGUUGCCGGAGGACAUGGCAAGAUUCUACCUGGCUGAGAUGGUGCUGGCCAUCGACUCAGUGCACCAACUGCAUUACGUCCACAGGGACAUCAAGCCAGACAACAUCUUGAUGGACAUGAACGGUCACAUUCGCCUGGCUGACUUCGGUUCCUGCCUCAAACUCAUGGAGGACGGCACGGUCCAGUCGUCAGUUGCCGUGGGGACCCCGGACUACAUCUCUCCGGAGAUCCUGCAGGCGAUGGAGGAUGGGAAGGGGAAGUACGGUCCAGAGUGUGACUGGUGGUCCCUGGGGGUCUGCAUGUACGAGAUGCUGUACGGGGAAACCCCCUUCUACGCCGAGUCACUAGUGGAGACCUACGGCAAGAUCAUGAACCACAAGGAGCGUUUCCAGUUCCCCCUGCAGAUGACAGACGUGUCCGAAGACGCCAAGGACCUCAUCCAACGCCUCAUCUGCAGCCGGGAGCACCGUCUGGGCCAGAACGGCAUCGACGACUUCAAAUCUCACCCCUUCUUCUCUGGCAUUGACUGGGACAACAUCCGUACGUGCGAGGCCCCCUACAUCCCAGAGGUCAGCAGCCCCACAGACACCUCUAACUUUGACGUGGACGACGACUGUCUCAAGAACUCAGAGACGAUGCCCCCUCCCUCACACACUGCCUUCUCUGGACACCACCUGCCCUUCGUAGGUUUCACCUACACCAGUAAAUGUACCCUGUCUGACCGGGGCUGUCUGAGGGAGGCAGGCGGUAGCAGUCAGACACAGAUGGAUGUAUGUCUCCAGCGCAGUCUGGAGGAGAGUCUGGCCACCGAGGCCUACGAGAGGAGGAUACGACGCCUAGAGCAGGAGAAGACUGAGCUCAGCCGCAAGCUACAAGAGUCCACCCAGACAGUCCAGGCCCUGCAGCAUGUAUCAGGAGAAGGACCUGCACCCGUCCCCUCUAACAAGGAGGUGGAGAUCAGGAGUCUGAAGACUGAGAUUGACAUCCUCAAGAAAAAGAUAGCAGACUCAGGUCAACAGGAACAUGAGUUGGAAGAAGCUUCGUCAGUCCGUAGAGAAAUGGAGGAUUCAUCUAAACACAUCAGGAACCUGGAGAAACAGAUGAAGAGUCUCAACCUGGAGAAGGACGACCUGCACAAGGACUUCAUGGAGGCCAGUGGCAAGAUGAAGAGUCAGUCUAAGGAGUUGAAAGAGGCCCACAGCCAGAGGAAGCUGGCCAUGCAGGAGUUCUCCGAGCUCAACGAGCGUCUGACUGACCUCCGAUCAGCCAAGCAGCGCCUGGGCCGUCAGCUCCGGGACAAGGAGGAGGAGAUGGAGGGUUGGUCCCAGAAGGUGGAGGCUCUACGGCUGGAGGUGCGCAAGGCCGAGCGGGCCAAGAAGGAGAUGGAGUCCCAGUCUGAGGAGCAGACAGCUGAUGCUCAGAAGGAGAGGAAACUGAGAGAACGCUCCGAGCAGUACAGCAGACUGUUAGAGGAGGAGCUGGACGGACUCAAGAAGCAGAUGGGGCCGUCAGCCUCGGUGGUGGGCUCGGACCAGAGCCAGGAGGUGGGGAAGCUGCGGGCCGACCUGGAGAAGAAGACUGGGUUCUACGAGGAGGAGUUGAGCAGGAGGGAAGCGCAGCACGCCAACGAACUCAAGGUCCUCCGCAAGGAGCUCCGCGACGCUGAGGGACAGCAGCUCACCUUGCAGAAGGAGAUCCUGGUCCUCAAAGACAAACUGGAGAAGACGCGCAGGGAGAGCCAAAGCGAGCGGGAGGAGUUUGAGAUGGAGUACAAGCAGAAGUAUGAGCGGGAGAGAGUCAUUCUGACCGAGGAGAACAGGAAACUCUCCAAUGAACUGGACAAGCUGACGCCUAUGUUUGAGAAGCUGAGCAGUAGCAACAGACAGCUGGAGGAGGAGAUGAGGGAGCUGGCUGACAAGAAGGAGAGUGCUGCUCACUGGGAGGCCCAGAUCACUGAGAUUAUCCAGUGGGUGAGCGAUGAGAAGGAUACACGAGGCUAUCUCCAGGCUCUGGCCAGUAAGAUGACUGAAGAACUGGAGGGCCUGAGGAACACCAGCCUGGGAGCCAGGGCUACGGACAUGCCGUGGAAGGUGCGGAGGUUUGCUAAGCUGGACAUGUCGGCCCGUCUGGAGCUGCAGUCUGCCCUGGACGCUGAGAUCAGAGCCAAACAGACCAUCCAGGACGAACUGAACAAAGUCAAGGCCUCCAACAUCUCCACUGAGUGUAAACUGCAGGAGUCGGAGACUAAGAACCAGGACCUGCUGGCUGAGAUGGAGAGGCUGAAGAAGGAUACAGAGGAGUUCCGCCUGCGUAGAGGUGUGAAACACCAGGACUCCCAGAACUCUUUCCUUGCCUUCCUCAACGCCCCCACCUCAGCCCUGGACCAGUUCGAUGUGGACUCUGUGGAUAACUUCACUCCCUCCAACACCCCAUCCAGGGACGAGGACUCCAAAAAGUCUCGCUCACGGUCGCCCUCCAUGGCCAGCGACGUAGAGCCUAUUGAGUUGAUAGACCACCCCCCACGCACAGUCCAGACCCCCACCAUGCGACCAGGAGGCUAUGGUAGUAUCGGCCGCUCAUCACCCAAGCCCAAAGCCCACCAGUUUGUGGUGAAGUCCUUCAGUGCUCCCACCAAGUGUAACCAGUGCACCUCUCUGAUGGUGGGACUCAUUCGCCAGGGCUGCACCUGUGAAGUGUGUAACUUCUCGUGCCACGUGACGUGUGCUGACAAGGCUCCAGCGGUGUGCCCCGUGCCACACGACCAGACCAGGGGGCCGCUGGGCAUCGACCCUCAGAGGGGUAUUGGCACCGCCUACGAAGGACACGUCAGAGUGCCCAAGCCCACCGGGGUGAAGAGGGGUUGGCAGCGGGCGGUGGCCGUGGUCUGUGAUUUCAAGCUGUUCCUGUACGAGCUGGGAGAGGCCAAGACCACAACGCCCAGUGUGGUCGUCAGUCAGGUCAUAGACAUGAGGGAUGAGGAGUUUUCAGUCAGCUCUGUUCUGGCGUCGGACGUCAUUCACGCCAGUCGCAAGGACAUCCCAUGUAUAUUCAGGGUGACGGCAUCCCAGCUCUCCCCCUCCUCCAGUCACAAGCCUUCCAUCCUGAUCCUGGCCGACAGCGACCACGAGAGGAACAAGUGGGUGGGGCUUCUCAACGAGCUGCAGCGCAUCCUCAAGAAGAACAAGCUGAAGGAGCGCUUCGUCUACGUGCCCAAAGAGGCCUACGACAGCACGCUACCGCUCAUCAAGACCACGCAGUCUGCCGCUAUUAUAGAUCACGAGCGUGUUGCCUUGGGCAACGAGGAAGGCCUUUAUGUCAUCCAUGUCACCAAAGAUGAGAUCAUCCGUGUUGGGGACAAUAAGAAGGUCCACCACAUUGACCUGGUCCCCCAGGAGCAGCUCCUAGCGGUCAUCUCCGGCCGUAACCGUCACGUCCGUCUCUUCCCCAUGGCCGCGCUGGACGGACGGGAGAUGGACUCCUACAAGCUGGCCGAGACCAAGGGCUGCACGGCGCUGGUGUCCGGCUCCGUCCGAAAUAACUCCUUCACCUGUCUGUGUGUGGCCAUGAAGAGACAGGUCAUCUGUUACGAGGUGAACAAGAGCAAGGCACGUCACCGCCGGCUGCAGGAGCUCCAAACCCCAGGUCCUGUCCAGUGGAUGGGUCUCCUGAGCGAGCGGCUGUGUGUGGGCUACCAGGCUGGCUUCACACGCUACAGCAUCCACGGGGACUGUGCCCCGGUCAGCCUGUUGCACCCCGAGGACCACACCCUAGCCUUCAUAUCCCAGCAGGCCCUGGACGCGCUGUGUGCCGUGGAGAUCUCCUCCAAGGAACUGCUGCUCUGCUUCUCAGCCAUAGGCGUCUACGUGGACUCGCAGGGCCGCCGCUCGCGCCAGCAGGAGUUGAUGUGGCCCGCCGUGCCCAACUCCGCCUGUUACAACGCCCCCUACCUGUCAGUGUACAGUGAGAAUGCUGUGGAUGUUUUUGAUGUCAACACCAUGGAGUGGAUUCAGACCAUACCAUUGAAGAAGGUGCGACCUCUGAACCCUGAUGGAUCCCUGAACCUCCUGGGUCUUGAGACUGUGAGGCUCAUCUACUUCAGAAACAAGACUGCAGAGGGUGACGAGUUGGUGGUUCCUGAGACGUCAGACAACAGCAGGAAGCAGAUGGUUCGCAGCAUGAACAACAAGAGACACUUCUCCUUCAGAGUCCCUGAGGAGGAGAGGAUGCAGCAGAGGAGGGAGAUGCUGAGAGACCCAGAGAUGAGGAACAAGCUGAUCUCCAACCCCAUCAACUUCAAUCACGUGGCCCACAUGGGACCUGGGGACGGCAUCCAGAUCCUCAAAGACCUGCCCAUGAACGUGCGUGUUCAGGAGAGUCGUGCUGCAGGCUUCAGUGGCUCCGUGUCCAUCCCCUCCAUCACUAAGAACAGAGCCGAGCCGGGACGGUCCAUGAGCGCCAGCAGUGGACUGGGCAUCCGUUCGUCAUCUCAGAACGGCAGUGCGUUGAGGAGAGAGCUGUCUGGGGGUAGCUACAGCUCUAAGCGCCAGACCAUGACCUCUCCCUCCGAGAGCUCCUUGUCCUCCGGAGGGGGUAUGGACGGCUGCAGCGACGCACCCCUCUCCCAAUUCGACAGAGAGGACUCUGACUCACCCCGUCACUCGACGGCGUCCAACAGUUCUACGUUCAGCAGUCCCCCCAGCCCGGCCUCACCCCACAAGACCAAGUCCCUCUCUCUGGAGAGCACAGACCGCAUGACCGGCUGGGACACAUGAGUGACAGACAGCACACCGCUCCAAUCCCUGACCCUCACCGAGCCCUGGGCCCCGCCCCCUCCCCUGGCUCCGCCUAUCCCCUGCCCACGGAACUGCACCUGCUGCCAUAGGCCCCUCCCACUUACUUCACCUUUGACUGGAACUGAGAUCUAGAAACAAACACAGGGAAAGGAAGUGUUUGACCAAGAAGGAAAUACUAGGAGAAGAUAUGUUAGUUAAUGCGCGGAAGAGUGUGUGCGUGCUUGCAAAUGUUUGUGUGGACGCCUGUGUGUGUGUUUUUUUGAGGGGGGCAUACAAUAUAGGAAUGAAAAUUGACACAUCCUUCCAUCUGCUUUGUAGCUGAUAGCUAGAAUAAGCGAAGCGCUAAGUUUAAUUGAAAGUACUUUUGAUUACAGCACUACUAGCCCCGUGUUGAGUAUCUCCCCAUGUAAUUGGCAACUCCUGUAAAGAGUCACAAACCUCAAGUAGAGACAAGAAGAAGAGGAUGGAACAAUAACAGAUCAUUUGAUACGUGUACAUAGCAUCCUUUGGGUUUGGGGGACCACCUUUUAUUUAUUAAUCAGAACAGGGUGUUUCACAGAGGAUGUUUCCUCUUUCUUUCGUUUGCUUUCUUCCGGAACGGUAGUUAAUAUCAGAAGAGGGGGGGGCAUUCCAUUGACAAUACAAGGCUCACAACAACAACAAAAAGCAAUGAUGUUUAUUUUUCUCAUGAAAGUGAAAUAUGUGCAGUGACUUCAUUUGUUUGUACCAUCAGUGAAAAGCUACAGUAAAGCAGUGCAAAAAAUACAACUAUGAUGAGGGGUAUUUUAACUCUAGGUUGACCCCUGACCUUGCGUGCUUCACGUUCUAGAAUUCUUAGGGACAGCAGCGUUUAGAAGCAGACCGAACAUUCUAUGAUGACAUCACAGCUCCUUCUGCCACUUCCUUAUGACAUGGCCAGUGACCUCAUCCACUGAACUGGGACCAUUCUCUGUGUAGUGUAGACCUAGUACCGUAAUAGACCAACCACCAACCAAUUACAAAAAGCUGAUUCCCAUCACAAUGUACAUAAGUUAAAAGUAGAGAAUAAUAUAUAAGGGAAAUACUAUAGAGAAAUACGUGAUGGGAGAAGAUCUGGGAUUCCUUUUUAUUUUUUGAGAAUGAUUUGGGGUUAUAUUCACACGAAAGCCAUUUUAAACCACAGUUCUUUUUAUGAUUGCUUUUAGAUUUUUUUUUUUUUUACAAAUUUAUUUUAUUUCAUGUAUGAGACAAACCGUCGAGUGUUAUUUUGAUUUGGGUUUGAGGAAACUCUUAUGGGUCACAUGGACCCGUGCUGUUGAGUGAAUAUGUGCAUUUAUUUUAAGCUAGUAGUCACAUAUGCAUUCACACUUAGACACACAGGUGUUUCCCCCUCCACUCUUUCCACUAUGAUCCAGUUAGAUCAGUUGAGGAGGAUGUAUAUUCCCUGUGGUACCAACCUGUGAACCUCAAAUAUGUUCCUUUGACUUCUAACAGAGAUUUUGGAAAGCUUGUUAUAACCAAAAAAGAAUGACUUGAAUCUUGAGUCUUCAUUAUUUUUCAGAGAGCCUUGCUUAUUUUUCAGAAUGUUCCGAUAGAUUAGGGGGAAAAGGAGACACUACAAUUGUAAAGAGAUGUUGAUUUGACUAAACAGACACCGCUGGGCUGAAAUGGAGGUUUAAAAAUGUAAAAGAAUUCUAGGGUGACAAGGCCAACGCGUCAUUUCUGUUACAAAUUGUCAUUGUUAUGUUCUUACUAUCAACUGGUAAUCUGUGUAUUGCUGUCUGCUAAUGCAAUCACUUUCAUGUAGACCAAAACUGGGGUCCAUUACAUUUUAAUUCGGUCAACUGAAGUCCCAUUCUAAUUCUCCUCAAUGCUUCUCGGAGACGGAAUUUCUGUUUACUUACCUGAAUUGAAAUGUAAUUGACCCCGACCCUAAUGCACACCACAAUGGUGUGGAUCCUAUUUAUGUCGAACUGAAACAAUAGUUGACUUGCUAUUGUUUCUGAGCAUUGGUCAUGUGCUUAGAUCAACUGCCUCUUCUCUCUGAAGAGGAGACUCUUAUUCUGGAAAAUAAAUAUUUUCAUGUCUAAUGAGGAAUUGUUUCUAUGUUACAGACCAUUUAAUGAUUUACUAUUGUUACUUACUGCUGAAAUGGACCUUCUGUUGAGGUGUACCAAGUAGUAUACAUGGCAGGUUAUCUUCAGCUAUCCUAUUAAGUGUAUAAAAAGAUGACACACAAAUUCCUGCCAUUGGAGUCUUAAAUCUUAACCCUAAACCACAAUUCUAUUCUGUUCCCUUGUAAAAUACAGCCAUGCAUCUCUAGCCUGCUCGUGCCACGUGUUUUUGAAAACCAUUUUAUAAUGAGGUUGAAAAAUAAGAAUUUCUCUGGAAGAGUCAGUCUCGCUAAGCUGGUUUUACUCAACCGUCUCAACUUAACUUAUUCACCUCUCUUAACAUUUCCUUUUAAGCUACCAAGUCUCCCUAUUCAUAUCUGCUGGACCUUGUCUGUAGAAUGUAUUUGCUGAGAAAGAGGACAUAGCUUAGUCUGAGUAUUUUAGACCAGGCUUUAAAUUGUACAUCCCACUUCUUUAAAAAAAAACUCAGGAAUGUCACGACCAAUGAUUAUUUUCAUCCUAACAAUGAAAAUGAGUGUGACAGAACAGUCUACACUUGGGAAAUAAGAGCUGAAUUUAGUCGCAGUGUAGUUAGGUGUAAGGGUCGAACAAUUCAGCUGGAAGAAAAGAGUACAACAGAAAAAAGGAGGAAGAAAUCAGAAGUGUUUUGAAUCGAGGAUGAGGGGUGAAAGGCCAGAUGGAGGGUAGUAGUUUGAGGCUGAGGUGCCACCAUAUUUUUUUUAAAGAAAAAGCCUUUGCAUUUCAGUGAGGUCUUAAGUUCCUUCUAUAUUAUUUACCUCUUUCAUAUCAUAUUACACUUUCUUUUUUUAUAGGAUAGCUUUGUAAUAAUUUGUACAGUUUUGCAUGUUAUAGAUGUAAUCAUUUUUUUGUUUUGGAUUAGUUUUUAAUUUUGACUUGUUCAUUUUAUUUGAACAGUUUGGGAGUUUUACUGAGGAUACCCACUACAGGUGAUGUAGAUUCUUUUUGCACAGAAAUAUUUAAGGUGUAAGGUCAAACAAAUAAUGUAUGGAAACUGGCUCAUUAAGAAGAGAGCUCAUUAUAUUAACCUGACUCCGAUGUAUUUCAAUAAAACGGAGGGCUGUUACAAAUACGGCUUCACUGA